UAGUUUGAGAGUCACUGUUGGAAGUUCGAAGGCCGUCACGAGUCGCUUGCGUUAAAACACAUGCAUUUUCUUAUUUUAUCAUUGUUGUUAUUGUGUAAUUGACAUUUUUUAUUAUUAUUAUUAUGUAAUUGUGUAAUCACCGGUGAUAUAUUGUGCGGUUUGUGGCUAAUUAAUUGAAAUAAUUGUAAAUGAAAACCAUCAUGUGACCACGUGUUGCCUGUUUGAGGUUAUGUUGAAUAAACUCUUGAAUCACGUGUAAAUAAUUGUUUUAGUAAGAAAGACACUAGUAAUCUCACCAAUAAUAUAUAGCGAUUAGAAUUAAAUAUCUUGCAAUCAUGACGAAAACUAAACGAGCUAAUGAUAGUGAAUGGAAGCCCGUAACGUUAGAAGGCGCCUUAUUGUCCAACGGCAUAGAAGGGUUAAUUGGAAUAGAGGAGUUGACAGAUUACAGCUUAGAGCGAAGCAGUAAAAAAGGCAAUAUUGUAACUACAAAGGUGAAAUCUACCGAAAAGAAGAAAUCAGUGUCAAAGCGGAAACGCCCGAGGGAACAGGAAGAUACUGAUGUCGAUAAUAUUGAGCUUUCUGCAAAGAAAUCGAAGACUAAGAAAGCUGAAAUAAAACGUACAAAGAAAAAGAUUGGGAAGAUAGUUAAAUCAGCAGACUUUAAAAUUACAGAUCCACAGACUGAUUCUGACAGUGGUAAUGAUUCAUCUUGUGACACAAAUAAUAGUGAAGGCUUGUUUAAGACGAACGUUGAAGCUUGGAGUUUCAUGGGUGUUCCUACUCCUGUGAUACAAGCUCUAGCUGAUCAGAACUUUCAUUCCCCUACUAUGAUACAAGCACGGACGUUACCAGCUGCUAUAUUGGGUCGCAGAGAUAUAUUAGGUGCUGCUGAAACUGGUAGUGGCAAGACAUUAGCAUUUGGUAUUCCAAUUAUAAAAGGCAUCUUGGAUUUAAAGAAUCAGAAUGAAGAACAGAAAUGCUCAGUGAAAGAAACUGAAGAAUCUGAUUCAGAAAAUGAAGACUUAUCAGAGAAUUGUGUGAAUGUUGUAAAAAAUGCAAAACUUAACGAUUAUUAUAAUACUCCAAUCAAGCCCCUGUAUGCAUUGAUCCUGACGCCAACUCGUGAAUUAGCAGUUCAAAUAAAGAACCAUCUUACCCAGGCAGCGAAAUAUACAGAUAUUAAAAUAGCUAUUGUUCUUGGAGGCAUGGCAGCAGUGAAGCAAGAAAGGAUAUUAAACAAAGGUCCUGAAAUCGUGAUUGCCACACCUGGAAGAUUAUGGGAAUUACUUGAAGAAGGCAAUUCUCAUUUAAGUCAAAUAGAUUCUAUCAGAUAUCUAGCUAUUGAUGAGACAGAUAGAAUGAUGGAAAAGGGUCAUUUUCAAGAAUUACACGAUUUAUUGGAAAAAAUGAAUGCAAAUCCAGAGAAGCUGAAGAAACGGCAGACAUUUGUUUUUUCAGCUACCUUGACUAUGGUGCACGAUCUUCCGGAUUAUCUUGAUAGAAAAAAGAAGCGGUAUGCGAAGAGCAAAAUAUCUAAACUCACUCCUGACCAGAAAUUGAAAAAGAUUAUACAAUUGUUAAAAAUAAAGAAUCCUAAGGUCAUUGAUCUUACAAAAGAGUCAGGUAUUGCCGAUACUUUAACAGAGUGUCGAAUAGCAUGCACAAUUGAUCAUAAGGAUUAUUACCUUUAUUACUUCUUAAAGAGACACACAGGAAGGACAUUAGUAUUUUGUAACAGCAUUGGUUGUGUGAAAAGAUUGGCCACUCUUUUCAGUAUACUUGAAUGCAAACCUUUAUCUCUGCAUGCUAAUAUGCAGCAACGACAACGCUUAAAAAAUCUUGAAAGGUUUCAAGCUGAUGAGAAUGGAUUGUUGAUAGCUACGGACGUAGCUGCGCGAGGUUUAGAUAUACCUAAUAUAGAACAUGUGAUACAUUAUCAGGUUCCAAGGACAGCCGAGAAUUAUGUACAUAGGAGCGGUAGAACGGCGAGAGCGCAGAAAGAAGGUAUCACGGUUCUAAUGAUGGAGCCUUCCGAAAAACAGAAUUACAUCAAGUUAUGCAAAACUCUCGGACGCACGCACGAUUUACCUGUAUUUCCGGUGAUAGACAGAAUAUUAAUCGCCAUAAAGGAAAGAGUGAACGUCGCUCGCGAUAUUGACAAGUUAGAAUUGAUUUACCGCCGGCAGAAUAAUCAGAAAGGUUGGCUACGAAAGGCAGUGGAGGAUAUGGACAUGGUUUUGGACGAGGAGGAUGAUGAUGAAUCAUCGACGGAAUCGGAAGAAACAGCAGCAUUGAGGCGUCAAUUAAAGGCAAAGAAAAAUCAAUUACGAUCAUUAUUAUCGAAACCAGUAUUUCCAAAAGGAUUCUCGGGAAAAUAUCUUGAUGAUAAUUUAACUAUAGAUGUAACUCAGGAUGCACAAAAGGCUAUCGAAGUGAUGAGAAAAGUAAUAGAAAAUGAUAUUCAUAAAAGUAAAGGUAGCAAAAUCACGUUUCAGAAAAGACAAUCUUCCCAAAAAAUAAAAAAAAUGUAAAAAGACAUAAAAUAUAUAUUUUCUUCAUAUAAA